AUGGAGGCUACUGGCGAUAUCGAGCAGCCGCAGGGACCCAGUGGGGCUGAGCAGGGUGGCCCCGAGAUGGGAGACCCGGGCCCAGCGGGACAGCUGGUUCCCAGGAACCCUUGGAAUAUGAUGAUAAAGCACCGGCAGGUGCAGCGAAGGGGCCAUCGCCCACAGAUUAUGACAAAUUUCACAGACCCUUCCAUCUCCAUGGACCUCCUCCGAGCUGUCUUGCAGCCUAGCAUCAAUGAGGAGAUCCAGACUGUCUUCAACAAGUACAUGAAGUUCUUCCAGAAGGCAGCACUGAACGUGCGAGAAAAUGUCGGGGAACAUGUGGAUGCAGAGGAGCUGAUCCAGGAGGCCUGUCGGAACUGCCUAGAACGGGCUAAAGUACUGUUUCCUGGUAGAGAAAAAGUAAUGCCCAAAUCGAUCCCUGAGCUUCCAGGAAUAAAGCGUGCCAGGUAGGCAGAAGAGGAAUGUGCCCAUCGCGAAAGCCCCAUUCCCAAAAAGAGGAAGAAACGGCCUCUUGGACAUAUGAUCUCAAAUGACCGGGCAGCUGCCGGCAAGGUACGGAAACCAAAAUCCUGUGGACCAAAUCCCAGAGAAGGCCCCAAGUGGGACCCAGCUCGGCUGAAUGAAUCUACCACCUUUGUGUUGGGAUCGCAAGUCAACAAGGCCCUGGGGAUGGGGGGCACCAGAGGGAGAAUCUACAUCAAGCACCCAUACCUCUUUAAGUAUGCAGCUGACACCCAGGACAAGCACUGGCUGGUUGGGCAGCAUCACAUGCUGGCAACAGAGGGGAAGAUGGCCUGCCUCCUCGUCGAGGAGGACAUCCGGGACCUUGCUGCCAGCGAUGACUACAGAGGGUGCCCGGACCUGAAGUUAGAGGAGCUGAAGUCCUUUGUCCUACCCUCCUGGAUAGUUGAGAAGAUGAAAAAAUACAUGGAGACACUACGAGAGAAUGAGCAUCGUGCUGUUGGAGCAUCUUCACAAACCUGA